CCUGUUUCCGGUAAGGGCGGGAGGUUCGGCCUUGGCCAGGCACUUGCGUGAAGUGGGCCUGGUUAACGAAACCGAGUUAAGUCAGUUAGUUGGUGUAGCUAGUUAGUACAAACCAGGGGCCGGAGAGAGGAUGGCGGAUCAGGAGCUGAGGCCCCAGCUGGAAUUGCACGAAGGCGAGGAGAUUGUGGAAGUGAUCGAACUGAACCCGAACCAGGAGACGGCGGAGAAAGAAGAAGAUGACCUGACCAAUGAGGUGGAGGAUGAUGAAGAUGAUGGGGGAUGGGAGACAGAGGAAGAUGAGACCAUGGAGGUGGUACGAGAUGACAGUGAUCUGACUUUCUGCAGGCACACAAAGGCUGUAUUCUGCUUGAGUUUGGAUCCUAAGACCAACUCUAUGGCAGUGACUGGCGGUGAGGAUGAUAUGGCAUUUGUGUGGAGGGUGACUGAUGGUGAAGUGCUGCUACAAUGUACAGGCCACAAAGAUUCUGUCAUCUCAGCCUCCUUCAGUCACGACUCUGCUCUGGUUGUUACGGGAGACAUGAGUGGCUUGAUCAAAGUCUGGAAAGUUGAAACCAAGGAAGAGGUCUGGUCAUUUGAAGUUGGUGACUUGCAGUGGGUAGAGUGGCACCCCUGUGCCCAUGUGCUGCUGGCUGGCACGGACGAGGGGAGCUGUUGGAUGUGGAAAAUCCCCAGCGGGGAUUGCAAAACCUUCGCAGGCACUGGCUGCCAAGCAACCUGCGGCAAGAUCCUCCCUGAUGGUUACCGAGCAGUCAUUGGCUAUGAAGAUGGGACGGUGAGGAUCUGGGAUCUGAAGCAAGGGUCACAGCUUCACGUCGUGAAAGGUCAGGAUAGUCACCAGGGUCCCCUGACCUGCCUCGCCACCAAUGACACCGGGAGCCUGGUCCUGACUGGCUCUGUCGACUGCACAGCCAAACUUCUCAACCCACUCACAGGCAAGGUAGUUGCAGUCUUUUCAGUCCCAAACAGCACAAAAGAAUGUGUUGCAAAAGAGCAGAUGGAGGAUACUGACUCCAACUCCAACUCUGUUGAGACAGUGGGAUUCUGCAGGGUGCUUCCAUUGAUUGCUGUUGGCUUUUUGGACGGGACCAUGGGGAUCUGGGAUAUUCCUUCACAGACGUUACGACACAAGUGGCAGCUUCAGGCUGGCAUCGUGCAACUGUUAUGGGAGGACCACUCACCAAUUAUGUACACAGGGAGCCUUGAUGGAGCUGUGCGCAUCUGGGAUGCCCGAUCAGGAAGAAUGGAGAGUGAAUGCUGUGGCCAUGCAGCAGAAAUCCUCGACUUUAUGGUGAAUAAGGAGGCAUCCGUGAUCGUCACUGCUUCCGGAGACCGGACCGCAAAAGUCUUCUACCUACAGCGGCCUGAGCGGUAGAACCAGCAUUGACGCUUUUAGUCACUCUCUCCCCCUUACAGACUCGGCAGCUGCAGCACCUUGUGUAACCUGAUCUGGCCUGUGCAACAGGGACUAUUCUUUCUGAUUGACUUUUUAAAAAAUAUUAAUAAAAAAAAUUUGAAUUUU